AUGGCAGCCUCAUCCGGGCGAGCACAUCAAGCGACAACGGGCAAUCCCGACACGGCCCCCCAAACGUUCGAUAAGAUUCCAGACGUCGAUUCGAAUCCGGGACUGCGUGAAUCCAGCUCGUCGGCGCAGAGGAACACGUCUACAGACUCUAUCAGCGUUUCGCAUGGGUUGAUAAGACGGCACCCUGCUCCCGGCGAGGAUGAGUCGCAGAAAAGCAAACUACCGCCCGAGAAGGUGUUCUCCAUCCAGCUGGGCUCUGAGUUAUUCCGGCUAUCGGGGGCGUCAAUAGCUUCGGACGCGCCGUCAUAUUUCUCCAAGUUUUUCGAGGCUCAACUUGAGAAGACCGAGCCCAAUGACCCUAUCAGAACGCUUUAUAUAGACCGGGAUCCCGAAAUAUUUCGCGAAAUUUGUAGGCAUCUCCAAGGAUACCACGUCCAGCCUCGAGACGGCACGCAGUUUGUGAGGCUGUAUACCGACGCACAAUUCUAUAGUCUCCCCCGGCUGAUCUCACAACUAUUCGAGACGGAUGUUCCUUGUCAGAUUGGCGAUCGGAAUUUCCAGAUCUCUAGAGAUAUCUUCUCGGGACCAGGUGACUCGCCGAACUUCUUCUCGCUCGGGUUCUCUAUUAUUUUCGCGACGCCGUCCGACGUCUUCCCGGGACUCGACAAAAGCGGUCUUCUACGGCCCCCUUCGGUGGUUCCCCCAAGUAUUCCGAGUCGGUCGGCAGAUAUCUUUGCUCAAUUGUUACACCUUCUUAGAGGAUAUCCUCUUCACAUCAAGAACGAAGCGCACCGAGCAGAGCUCCUGCGGGAUUGCAGAUAUCUUCACUUGCGGGGCGCUGAGCAGAAGCUGAUUCCUCACGACAUUAGCUUCAACCCCGAGCGGGGACGCAGCGAGAUUGUUAUUCGAUUAGAAGAUAUCCGCCAAUCGGGCAUUCAAUUUGUCCCCGACAAGGUGUCGCCGCUUGACAACGCUCCCCCCUCUGGAUGGGUGCACUAUGCGCGACCAUUUGUCGACGAGAAUGCCUACGAACUAAUUGUAGAGAUUGGGGGACAGGGCAUGAUGGUCGAUUUGGAGUCCAUGCGGGCUGACUUGAACGGAUUGACAAAGGCGCGCGUAAGCAGCCUAGUGCAGGUCAUCGCAAACAAACUGAACUUGCCCAACAAAGCGCCACUAGGCUUGAUGAUGAUGGCCGGCGGUGCCAGCAAAACCGGUGCUAGUCCCGGUCAUUCGCCUCUGAGCGAAGAUCGACCAAAAGUCAAGAUCGGAUCGGAUGCGGCUGUCACUAUUGACGGAGAGUCAGAGGUUAUCACUACGCCUGGCGAGUCUGGCUCAACCACUGCCACUUCAAACACAGGCCGUCCAGCCAAGCGGAAACGAGAGGAGGAAAGCAGCGCCUCUGGUCAGUGGAUGAUUCACAGAGGGCAAUGGCGGCUACGGAUCCAGCCGGAUGCUUCAACGGGCCACUUGGAGAUUAUUUUCACAGCAGUCAAACUUGACGUGUCAACGAGCCAAAGAGCACGGAAUCGGAAGCGCGCGUUUCUGGUCUGA